ACUGUGAACCAGUGCACUAAAGGAAAAACAUUGGCAUCUACAAGCACUCUAUAGGAUUUGCAGCGAACACCUUGUCGCAGGUAUAGGUUUAAAGUGAACAGACCCGUCCAGAAUGGAUGUAGGAAUGGGGCUGGACCCAAACAUGGAAACUCUCCGUAAAAGGAAGAUCAAUGAAAUCAAUGAUGCCAGUGAUAUGGAAGAUGAAGACAUGAAAGUUCAAAAAUUAGAGAGUGAACAAACAAAAAGACAUAAUCAUAGUGAAAUUGAAAAGCGCCGAAGAGACAAAAUGAACACAUACAUCACCGAACUCUCCUCAAUGGUACCCAUGUGCAAAGCCAUGUCUCGUAAAUUGGACAAGUUAACGGUUCUUCGAAUGGCAGUUCAACAUAUGAAAACAUUAAGAGGUUCCAUAAAUUCUUAUACAGAAGGUCAUUACAAACCUUCUUUUCUCUCGGAUGAGGAACUAAAGUACCUAAUUUUAGAAGCAGCUGAAGGUUUUUUGUUUGUUGUAAGUUGUGACAGAGGUCGUAUUUUGUUUGUUUCGGAGUCAGUUUCCCAGAUACUCAACUAUUCCCAGGGAGACCUUUUGGGUCAAAGCUGGUUUGAUAUUCUUCAUCCUAAGGACAUAGCUAAGGUCAAAGAACAAUUAUCUUCCUCUGAUCUUUUGCCCAAAGAACGUCUUAUUGAUGCCAAAACCAUGCUUCCUGUGAAAACUGAUAUGCCUCCUGGACAGAGCAGGCUUUGUCCAGGAUCCAGGCGGUCAUUUUUUUGUAGAAUGAAGUGUAGGUCAAUGCCAACUGUGAAAGAAGAAGCAGAUACAACUACAGGCUGCCACAGAAAACGAAAAUCUCAAAGCUCAGAUCGAAAAUAUCUAGUUAUCCAUUGUACGGGCUACCUAAAAUCUUGGGCUCCAGCCAAGCUGAAUCUUCAAGAGGAAACAGACAGUGAUGGGGAGAGCUGUAAUCUUAGUUGUUUAGUGGCAGUAGGCCGUGUCCACCCAGAAAUCUUGCAUCCAGAAGUUCCUCAACCAGGACUUGAAGUACGACCACUUGAGUUUGUUUCAAGGCAUGCCAUGGAUGGAAAAUUUCUUUAUGUUGAUCAAAGAGCUACUUUAAUGUUAGGCUACCUUCCUCAGGAGCUCCUAGGAACUUCUUUUUAUGAAUACUGUCAUCAGGAUGACAUAUCCCACUUGGCAGAUAGUCAUAAACAAGUUCUUCAAACAAAUGAAAGGCUUACGACACAGUACUAUAGGUUCAGAACAAAGGAGGGAUCUUUUAUUUGUAUGCAGAGCAAGUGGAAGAAUUUCAAAAAUCCAUGGACAAAAGAAUUUGAAUAUCUUGUUGCUGUUAAUUUCUUAAUUCCGUACAUUUCCCAUGACCCCUCUAGUGCUCCUGAUGUGGCAGUCGUAGAAAGUUCAAAUGCCACACUUGAAGAAAUGCUCAAUAAUAACUCCAAUAGUCUUGAUGCUGUAUUAUCUGCCUUUCCUUCAACCAGUAGUGCAUCCACUAGUGAUACAAUUCAGAAGUUUUUAAGUACGAGAGUUGGAGCAAGCAAGAUAGGCAGACAGAUAGCUGAUGAAGCCAUGGAAGUACAAAGAACAAGAGACUCUUCUGCAAGUAACAGUCCAGUUCCUGUAUUUGAUAAUAAUGUUGGGUUGCCUAACAGGACACAACUUUUAGUGAACAGCUCAAUAGAAGACCAGACCAACCUUAUCCCUGGUCCCAGCAUGGCAUCUAUGACCCCAGUGGAGCCUCAGCAUCUUCCUGUUAUGAAUGGAGAUGUCCGCUCUGUAUCACCCUCCCAACAGUCCUGCCACAGUAAUCAAAGCCAAUACUCUGGGACUCCACAUAAUAGUUCCGUCAGUGAUCCAGAUAUUGAUAUUAUGGAUACAUUAAUGGGGCGAGACAUGCUCAGUGUUUCGUACCAAAACAACAGUAAUGAAGGAAAUGAUGAAGCUGCCAUGGCAGUUAUUAUGAGCCUAUUGGAAGCUGAUGCAGGAUUAGGGGGCCCAGUAGAUUUCAGUGGCCUUCCUUGGCCUCUUCCAUGACCUGGAUGUUUGUAAUAUUCAAGUAAAGUGUAGUUAUCUGAUUAUUUUAUCUCACACACAAACAAGACAUUUUCAUGGUUUAGCUGGAAGCUCUGAAUCUCUUCACUUUAGCCUGAGCUUAAACUGCAUGACAAAUUGAAUCUGUCAGUCUGACACUAAAUGGAAGAACGUUACCAGUUUCAAUUUGAUGUAAGAAACUAAUGUUGUUGUGAUAGUUAAAUGUGACAAAUAAUCAAAUCCAUUAUAUUUAUGAUAAAUUUAAACUGUGAUCAGUCAAUAUUGUUUGAUUGUUGAAUUUAGUUUACUCUAAACAGAAACCUUAAAAUUCAUAUUAUAUUGAUCGUUGAAGAUCCAACCUUGUUAACUUUGAAUCUUCCUGUAAGCCCACUGAUAACAUUUUUAUCAUGUGCGAUUCAGAAAUAAUGAAUUUCCUUUACACAUUUUGUUAGUAUGUGGUGCUUGAUCACGUAUCACUUAAUACUGUAUAGGAUACUUUAAAGUUUAUGGGUGGAAUAAAUGAUAUAAAUACUAAUAUCUUUUACCAGUGUCAUCUGGAUGGUAAAAAGUUCUAGUUGAAUGCCGGUCAAUAAUACAUCUGUUUUGUAAAUUCAAAGUCUUUCCACAGGAUUUCAGAUCUCCUGCUAUCAUUCAAGAUAUUAUUACCAAAUGUGUACUUAAUAGCUGACUGGAUUGUUUGAGGCAAUUAGAUCAAAAUUUGGAGGCUUUUUGAUGUGAAUAAACUUUCCUGUGUGGGUAUUCUACGAAACUGUGAUGAUCAUUUGGUCAUGUACAAAAUAUUCAUAACCCUUUAACAUGUUUGCCAUAUUGUUCACUAUCAAAGUUCUUAUGGCAUGCAACAAUUGUUUUAACUAUCAUCAGGCCACAAUGAGUAACAUUAAUUUAAAAAGUAGAGUUGUAAGUGCCAAGUUCACCUGCUAUACUGUUUUAUGAUAUCUGUAUUUAUUUUCCAUCAAUUUCGUUUUCUGAAUAUAUUAAUUAAUACAUGGCUAAUCAGGCAGGAAUGACUUUUGUAUAUAUUAUCCAUCUAAGAGAUUAGUUUAAACACUUUUCAGAUUAAUAAACUAAUGAUAACAUUGAUAUUUUCUUGAACAGAAAUGCUGUGUUUUUACUUUAUCAUGUUACUGAUUUUGACAAUGUUUAUGUCAUCAGCCACUAACAUUUUCUGCUCUUUCAUCAAAGCACUAGGAUAUUUGAGUUUGUAGAACAUAUAUAAUCAAAUAUGUAUUGUACUCGUUACUUCAACAUUAAAAUAGCAUCAUCCUUAGGCAAAAAGUCCUCAGUCAUCAUUCUCAUCAACCACUAAUAAACAUGCAAGUUUCCCAUAGGAUCAAAUCAUCACCCAAAUGUUAAGAGCAGUGGUAUAACACACUACUGUUCAGUUAAAAAUUACUUUAGAGGAUCAUUUGAUAGGCAUUCAACAAUUUCUUAUUUUAGUCAAGUAAAUGGAUAAAAAAUUAAUAUUACAAAUUAUUGAAGUACUGUUAAAUCACCAAUACAAAUGUAAAGUGUACAAAGAUUGAUAAAGAAUCUAUAAUAUUGUUGUUGAAAUAUUAUCUUUGAAAUUUUUAUCAUCGGAGAUUUGUGAAACAUAAUAAAGCUAAUAGGUAUUUACAGGAAUUAUCAAACAUUACAUUUUAAAAACACUGAAAAUCAACAGUAGCAGUUAUGCUUACAUCAUUGAAAAACUUAUUUAUUGAAAAUAGUGCUGGAGUUUUAAGAGGUUUGUAAGCAUAGUUAUUACUUUUGUCUUUGCAUAUAAGCAUGACUAAUUGUGAACGUAUAAAUACUUUAUUACAUCUACCUUUUGGCUUACACCUUCAUUAGGAUGUACAGUCUACACACGAACUCAAGAGUAAUUUACAGUGAAAAAGAACAGAGAAAUUACCAUGUAAUUAAAAUGCUACAACAUGGCAGCUUUUUAAUGGUAAAAAAACUUAAUAAGACACAAGAAUGCAUUGUUUUGAAACAUUGCACUAGUUAUAACACUAGUAAUCAUGUAUUUAUCUUGAUGUUUAAUGUAUUUUUACAAUUGUUUUAUGCUUUUUUUAUUAUUGCUACUGACAGUAUUAUUUCAAGAGUAGUCAUUUAUGUUUUUACAAGCAGUGUUCGUGUUCAGGUAAUGUGUUGCAUUUGUAAACCGGGUUUUUACAGUGCAAAUACUUAAAAUUCCUUGUUUAGCAGCAUAGCAGUUUUUCUCCUGACAAACAGUAUUUGAGGAAAAAGAUGACGAUGUCAUCUGAUGUCUUUCUUGGAUUUUGUAAAAUUCUUGCUGAUUUUUUUCCAGUUCUUCCAAGAUGCCUGGGGACAUUGACUUUUAAAUGGGAUACUCCAAAUUGCAUUAUUGUUAAAGGCAGUAUUCUGAUGGACGUCUUGAGUGUUAUUUUGCCAGUUUGUUUUAGCUCUUCAUUAAAAGUGUGUUAGUUGCAAGGAUAUUAUUGUUUUUGUCUUAACUAUUGGUAUAAUUUGUACCCAUUGCUGUUAGGAAUAGUAUUUGGACUGUUAGUAGGGGGUUGCAAGUUAAGAAUCUCAUGUUUAAUUUUUACAUCUGGUACUAGAAUACAUCACUUAUCAUUAUAGAAGGUAAUUAACAAAAUAAACAUUACAUUUAGUGAAGCUUACAGGAAAUAUUAUCAGUUGACUUCCCAUUAUUAUGAUAUUUUAUAUGUACAUUAUAUUAGAACAUUAUUUACAGAUACUAAGAAAAUAUCAACAGUUGGCUUCCCUUCAUAUAUGUUACACUAGAACAUUAAUUACAUAUAUUACUUCUAAGUUACACUAUAGGUGAAUAUUAACAGUUGGCUUCCCUUCAUCGUAAUAUUGAGUAUUACAUAUAUGUUACACUAGAACAUUAAUUACAGAUAUAUAUAUUUUUUGCGUAUUCUCAGCAUAUUUUUUAUAUAAGUAUUUCUAUGUCGUAAUUUUGAUUGAAUGUCAAGGACUUGACAAAGCUCUCUUCAUGAGUAUCUGAAUAGUCUGUUUCAUUGAAGGUAUUUUCUAAUUUUAUCACCAUCACUUGCAACAGAUUAAUAUAAACCUACACCUUUAACAGUGCUCUAGAAUAUUAUAUUACAUAAUAUAAUUGUGUUAUACUGGCUCAACAACAAAGCAUUUUAAACUAUUUUCAAGGCUUGUAGCAGCAACACAAUAAUUAUCACAUUCUGUUAGGAAAAAUUCUCAAAUGUUUCAAUAUGUGUGUGAAAAACUGCAGUUUAAAAGUGGCUGCUCCUCAUCAUCAGGUUACUAUUGAUACAAGGGAUUGUAAACAAAAAAUAAACUACACAGCUAGUAAAAAAAAAAGUUCUACCAACAUAUAAUAGCUGAAAAAACCCUAACUUGCCACUUUAGCAAUGUAUCAUUACAGCAUCAUCCAAGUUAUAUUUUUUCUUUGCUCAUCUUUGUCCUAAAAUGCCUCGUGUGUAUAUGUUAACAGAUAAGGAAUAAGCCUUAGUCUGUUUUACUGUUAUUUGUUUAUCAGUAGCCUUGUAAUUCAUAGAUAAUUAAAAUUUAUUAUAAAGCAUAUAGGUAUUCAGUAGUCUGUACACAGAGUAAUAGGAUUUGGUGAAUAGAAUAAUUUGUUUUUGAUAUCUGUUUCUAGUAUUCUCCUUGUAUGAGAGUGGUUCCUAUUUCUUCUUUACUGAAGCAUAAAGAAAUUCAUUCAGUUGUUGUGUACAGUUAACAUCCCAAAUGCUAUAUCUCCAAAGUUAUGUAUAUUCUUCCAAAAAAAAACAUUUUGUCUUUUUAUUGAUAUUAAGAAAUACAAAUUACAAAUAGUGUGCAUCAUUACCGAAAAGGGUUUUGGUGAUUAAUAUAGUCUUUAAGUCAUUAUUUAGAUAAGUUCACUGAGAUGAAGAUAAAAUGUAUGUGAAAGUCAUGUUGUAGUUUUUUACCAAGGAUUUCAAUACAUCUACAUAGUUGUGAUAAUCAUAAAAUCCUGCGUGGUGUGUGUGUGUGUAUACAACUUGCACACAUCAGAUGAACUAUAAUGUCUCUGAAGAUUUGGAAUAAACUGUUUUGUGUUACCCAUUGUUAAUGACCAAGCUAUUCUAUGGAAUAUAUUUCUUAAUCUGUUACAUCCAGUGCUGUCUAUUUGCUCUGCUUUUUACUGAGCAAAAUAUUGUGCAUCUCCAAAGUAUAUAGACGUGUGCUAUGAAAUGUUAGUGAUUGUCCUUAAUUAUCAACCAGUCUGCUUCAUUUAUCAAUAUAUGUCGUGUGUAAACAUGUGUACACGAGUGUGUCAGUGAAUGAAAACAUGGGUUUGUAAAAUGGUUGACUCCUUUUUCUUUAGCAAGAAUGCUUCUCUAAAAACUCCAUACACCAUCCUGAGGUACAUAUAAUACCCUACUAUUUGUUUUUCUGGUUCAAAAAUUCUUUACUGUGAGGUAGUUAGCUGUUUCUCACGAAGAAGGGCAAGGGUAUUUUACCAAAACGUGUUCGUGUCAUUAGAGAUUCUCCAUUACAGAUGUCGAUACUUUAUUGUGAAAUAUACGUGCUUAUUAGCAUACUUGUUCUUAAAGUAUGGCUAUUGUCUAAGUUGUAUAUAUAAAACCUGCACUUAUACAACACAUACUUAGUACACAGAAGGUCAUUUAUGAAAAUAUUUAGGUUUACAAAUUAUAAUGGGCAUUGUCUGUUAUUAACACUAAGAUAUAAUAGACUACAAUUCAGCUAAUGGGGAUCAAAACCAGAAAGGUCAAAUUUUAUACUUGAAUGCAUUAACUUAAUUUGGUAUAUGUUCAUUCAACACACGUAUAAUAUUUCCAGAAUAUUAAGACACUUAAAGGUUUAUUUUUCUAAACCAUUGGACAUAUUGUGGAUUUAGUCUUCACUGACAUAACCGUCCAAAGGAAUAAGAUGUAUUAUGGAAUUAAAUAGUUUGUGCCAUUCCUUCAGCAACAUAAAGAUUUCUAUGUUUUAUUAAAUGAUCUCAUUAAUCCUUUCAGUACGACUUGUAUUCUUGAAAUACAAACAAUAUAAGUGCAUUUAAAUAAUUUGGAUAUAUAAGAAAUGUUUUCUACAUGUUUUGGACAUUUUCCCAAACGUGUGUUUUAUAAGUUAUUUAUGAAAAUAUCUCUACAUUCUGAGGUGAAAGUAACGCGAUAAUAUCUUAUAAUCAAUGUGUUAUUUCUUCAAUUCUAAAAAUUUACAUUAAUGACACACACACACAGAAGAUAUUAUAUACUGAUUCAUACAAACUUUCUCUAUAGAAACUUUAGCCAGAGUGUAUGAAAAUGAAAUAAAAUAAUUAACAUUCAAAUGGUAUUCCCUGCUAUAGCAUGUUCAAAAUAUUUUUUGGGGAAUAUAUAGGUCCCACCAGUCCUGCAUAAACAUAUGUUAGAACAAAACGAACAAAAAAUACUGAAAGGGUUAAUUUAUGAUGGUAUUUAAAAGUAUUAGAAUUUAUGAUUAUUUAUAUAGAUUUUCAACUGUUAUUAACUUCAAAGUGUUUGUAAUAAAAAUCCAAGCUGUAUUUACACGUAGAUAUUGAUACAAGAAAUACGUUUUCCUAAACUGUUUGUAUCUGCCCUAAAGGUUUGUUUUUCUAUUAACCUCUGUUUCUGUUGUAAAAGUUUCCUAUGUUACAUGAUUAUUUAGCAUUAUCACUGUAACACUUGAGUAUGUGACAUUUAGUGAUAAAUUGAAAUGACCAUACUGCCUGCCACAUAAGAAAUUUGAGAAUGGUUUGUAUAAAAUAAGCUUUACAUUAAAAUACAAGCUUUAAUUAUGUUUCUGAAAAUUUGCAUAUUUAGCUUGAAUAAUGUAAUGCUUGGGGGAAAAAAAUUAUAAGUUCAAACAUCCAGACAAUUUAUGUUUAUUUCACAACUUGCACCCAUGAAAGCUUUCUAUUUCCAUUUUACUUUUCUGAUGAUAUUUUAGCCAAGAGUGAUGGUAAGACAGGGGUUUAACUUUCUUUUUUUUCAGUGAUACAUGUAUGCUAUGUAUAAAGUUAACUGAAAGAAAGGAUAAAUGGGUAUGCUGUAUGUGAAAUUGCAAUGUUUAUUAAGUAUAUUUGUGUGAAAAAUCUCAAAAAAACUUACUAUUUACCCGAGUACAUCUAUCAUUUUGGCAAAAUGUUGAGCUUAACUAAACUAUAAUGAAACUAUAUUAUUUCAUAAUGGUAAGAUAACAUAUGUCAUUCACUGUUCAAGAUAAACCACAUAUAAAGCAUGAUUUUUAUAUGAGAAUUUAUAUUUGUUUAUGUUGUGAUAUUACUGAUAUUUACACACACAUAUUCGUGACAGGUACAGUGCACUUAACAUCUCACUCCAUGUAACGCUGGUUAUUCAGGUCAUUCCAGAAUGACUUGAAAACCACACACUGGAGAGUAGAGAAUUUAAUGGAACUGUAAACUGGCUAAUCAUUAUUAUAUUUUAUGUACUUUUAUCCCAAGUUUGUAAAAUUAUGGCUGAAACAGUACUUGUUCGUUAUGAAUAACUAUUUUUCUGUAAACAGUACUUAAUUCUUUCAUGUGUACAAAAAAGAAAAUGCUUUGUUAACUAAAUAUACCACAGAGAGAAGAGUAGAAUAUAUCUAUGGUACUAAAAAUAAUGUUUUAUUGUUUUAGAAACAAGAUAAUGUUUAUUUUUUCUAGAUUUUAUGUAAAAUUAGGAAGUAUUACCAGCUGUUAAAAGAUACUGAACUUAGUAUUCUGUACUUAGAAUAUGUAAAAUAAAACCUUGAACUACAAAUGUAUUUUCAUUGAUUAAAAAAAAAAGUCACAAUUCUCACAUUUUCUGUUCAUCCACACUAAUGAAGUUACAAAACUGUCUUCAUUGUUUUGCUCGUAAUUCCAUGAGUGUUAGGUUAUAUUGCCUUAUUUUUCUGUUUGAGACACAUGGAUUUGUCUCUAGAUGUGCAACUAACAAAUAAAUUUUAAUAUAAGUUUACGAACAUUAGAUUAGAUAAACUUGCAUUUUUAAUAAGAUUGACCUACAUCAUCAUGUUUGUAGUCUUUUUAAGUGUUGUGCAGUUGCCAAAUGUUCUUGUAGAUAACCACAACAUUAGUGUGAACAAGGUAUAAGUAGAAAGUAUCAGUUUUAACAUUUCAUCUUGUAUCAUUGUGUUUGUAUUAGUUCUGUGCAAUUAAUGUUUUUGUUAAUUGCAAUAUCUUCCCUACCUCAAGAGCAAUGAAGUUUGUAUGACACUAAGAUCCAGAUGUAAAAUCAGUCUUCUCAGCUUGUUGUGAAUGAUAAUAAAAAAUUUUAAAGGA